UCAACUUAACCCGGUCGGCUGGUUCACGAGAAAGAAGAGUAACUAUAAUUCAAACUUCGGAGGCCCAUACUUCUCCCAUUUCCACCACAAUCCAGCAGCAUGAGAGGAGGAGCUUUCCCCACUUCGUUCCUCUUAAUUCUCUUGCUCCUACUCCUCGUCAUGUGGCCCUCUCAAGCCAUGAGUGCCACUGUCAUGGACGGCCUCGCCGAGUGGAAAGGACCCGUUGUUCAAGUUGGAGACUCUUUUGUGUUCAGGCACAAACACCACCUCCAGAAUCUAUACCUCUUCCACAAUAGAAGGGCGUUCGAUCUCUGCAGCUUCUCCCAAGCUACCCUCAUCUACGAUGGCAGCAAGUCCACCCAUUUCACGUGGCAUCCCGCCCGUCCCGGUUUUUACUACUUCUCCACUCGGAAUAGCUCUGGAAGGAGAUGUGAGGAGGGCGAGAAGCUCCUCGUGAGGGUGAUAACCCCUGACCCCUCCACCGGCUUCCCUCCAACAGUCUUCGCCCCGUUCCCCAUUGCCCUGCCGCCCACCGCUGGCGGAGAUUUGCCCUCCCACGGCUGGGCCAUCGGCUCCCCGAGUUCUUCCCCCACGCCCGCGCCGGAGGCUGCUUCUCCUUCUUCUUCCGGCCCAUUGUUGCCGAGGAACGGGCACGCCCCCUCGGACGCUCCAAUGCCGCACUCCGGCGGUGGGAUUCCUUUCAUCAGCAGCAAUCCGGCGGUUCCUCUUCCCAGCGACGAGACGGAUUCGGCUACCAUCCUCCCUUUGCCCUCCCCAGGGGAUAGGAACCGGGUGGCGGGGCAGGGGUCUACGCUCCGAGUUGGGACGUCCUGGCUAAUGUUGGUGAUGAUGGCCUUCUUUGGGACUUGUGUGUAAACUACAGCCACCCAGACUACUCUGUACAAAUACUAGAACCUUCCUGAGAUGUUUGCAGCUGUUGCUCGCUUUUGUUCUAAUUUUCAAGUUGAAGGUCUUCUUUAAGGAACCUAUAACUUUUGAUCCUAGUAGAAUACGUCAUACUCUUCAUCACCA